GCGGCGGCGGCGGCGGCGGCGGGCCCGGGGUUGCCAUGGUAACCGGCCGCGGCCGCCGCCACAGCGAGGCCGGCCCCAGCGCCCGCCCGGCCGCCGCGCGGCUCGGCUCAGUGUGGGGGAGAGCGGCGGGCCGGCGGCCUCAGCAUGGAGGACGGCUUCUCGAGCUUCGGCAGCCUGUACGACACGUCGUCGCUGCUGCAGUUCUGCAACGAUGACAGCACGUCCGCCGCCAGCAGCAUGGAGGUCACCGACCGCAUCGCCUCCCUCGAGCAGCGGGUCCAGAUGCAGGAGGACGACAUCCAGCUGCUCAAGUCCGCGCUGGCCGACGUGGUGCGCAGGCUCAGCGUCACCGAGGAGCAGCAGGCCCUGCUCAGCCGGAAGGGGCCCACCAAAGCGAGACCGCUGGUGCAGACCUUGCCCUUCAGAGCCACCGUGAACAAUGGCACCGUAUUACCAAAGAAUCCGGGCGGCUCCCUCACGUCCCCCUCUGGGGCCCGGGCCACCGUGCCGGCCACAACCAAAAGCUCCAUCAAGCGGACCAGCUCUUCCGAGCGCGUGUCUCCCGGAAGCCGAAGGGAAAACUCUGGGGACCCCAAAGGCAACCGCACCCGCACGGGGUCCACCAGCAGCUCCUCCAGCGGGAAGAAGAACAGCGAGAGCAAACCCAAGGAGCCCGUCUUCAGCGCAGCGCUUCUGUCUCUGUCUCCGAAAUCCCAAGGCAAGCGUCGGGUGACCCACUGCAAAGAGGAGGGCUACGUCAAAAUGUUCCUUCGCGGCCGCCCUGUCACCAUGUACAUGCCCCGGCACCACGUGGACUCCUACAACCUGGAGGCGAAGGUGGAGCUGCCCGCCAAGAGGCUGAAGCUCGAGUGGGUCUACGGGUACCGGGGCCGGGACUGCCGGAACAACCUGUACCUGCUGCCCACCGGGGAGACCGUGUACUUCAUCGCCUCCGUCGUGGUCCUGUACAGCGUGGAGGAGCAGCUGCAGCGCCACUACACCGGCCACAACGACGACGUCAAGUGCCUCGCCAUCCACCCCGACAGGAUCACCAUCGCCACGGGACAGGUCGCCGGCACGUCGAAGGAUGGCAAACAACUGCCCCCGCACGUGCGCAUCUGGGACUCCGUGACCCUGAACACUCUGCACGUCCUCGGGACCGGCUUCUUCGACCGGGCCGUCACCUGCAUCGCCUUCUCAAAAUCCAACGGGGGGAGCAGCCUGUGUGCCGUGGACGACUCCAACGACCACGUGCUGUCCGUGUGGGACUGGCAGAGAGAGGAGCGGCUGGCUGCCGUGAAGUGCUCCAACGAGGCCGUGUUCGCCGCGGACUUCCACCCCACGGACCCCAGCACCAUCGUCACCUGCGGGAAGUCGCACCUCUACUUCUGGAGCCUCGAGGGCAGCGCGCUGGCCAAGAAGCAGGGGCUGUUCGAGAAGCAAGAGAAGCCCAAGUUCGUCCUGUGCGUGACUUUCUCUGAAAACGGCGACACCAUUACCGGGGACUCCAGUGGGAACAUCCUGGUGUGGGGAAAAGGUACCAACCGCAUAAGCUGUGCCAUCCAGGGGGCCCAUGAGGGGGGCAUCUUCGCACUUUGUAUGUUGAGGGAUGGCACCCUGGUGUCGGGAGGAGGCAAGGACCGGAAGCUCAUUUCUUGGAACGGAAACUACCAGAAGCUUCAUAAGACGGAGAUCCCAGAGCAGUUCGGUCCGAUCCGCACCGUGGCCGAGGGGAAGGGCGACUCGAUCCUCAUCGGCACCACCCGGAACUUCGUCCUGCAGGGGACACUCUCGGGGGACUUCGCCCCCAUCACUCAGGGUCACACAGAUGAGCUCUGGGGACUGGCCGUCCACACCUCCAAGCCGCACUUCCUGACCUGUGGCCACGACCGGCACGCCACCCUGUGGGACGCCGUCAGCCACCGGCCUGUGUGGGACAAGGUCAUCGAGGACCCAGCUCAGUCUUCUGGUUUUCAUCCUUCAGGGUCUGUGGUCGCAGUUGGAACACUGACCGGGAGGUGGUUUGUGUUUGACACCGAGACCAAGGACUUGGUCACCGUCCACACGGACGGGAACGAGCAGCUGUCCGUGAUGUGCUACUCGCCAGAUGGGAACUUCCUCGCGAUCGGCUCCCAUGACAACUGCAUCUACAUCCACGCAGUCAGUGACAACGGCAGGAAGUACGCGCGGGUGGGCAGGUGCUCGGGCCACUCCAGCUUCAUCACCCACCUGGACUGGUCCGUGGACUCCCAGUACCUCGUGUCGAACUCCGGAGACUACGAGAUCCUUUACUGGGUUCCUGCUUCCUGCAAGCAAGUGGUCAGCGUGGAGACGACGCGCGACAUCGACUGGGCCUCCUACACCUGCACGCUGGGCUUCCGCGUCUUCGGGGUGUGGCCGGAGGGCUCGGACGGGACGGACAUCAAUGCCGUGUGCCGGGCCCACGAGAAGAGGCUUCUGUCCACCGGCGACGACUUUGGCAAAGUGCACCUCUUCUCGUACCCCUGCUCCCAGUUCCGGGCUCCCAGCCACGUGUACAGCGGCCACAGCAGCCACGUCACCAACGUGGGCUUCCUGUGUGACGACAGCCACCUGGUGUCCACGGGCGGCAAGGACAUGAGCAUCAUGCAGUGGCGGCUGGUCUAGCCCCGUGGGCGCCGGGCCCCGUCCGGUCACUGUGACUCCCGUCGUGUGGAAGCGUUCGUUCUUCACAAACCUCAGGAAAACACGCCCCUCCCCGGGCCCAGAGCUGCGGGAGCCGGGCGCGGCCCGCCGGGGCGGCGGUCCCCGCGCCUCCUGGGUGGACAGUCCAGAGAACACCUUUCCUGGGACAGGGACGUCGGCAGCGGUCGCCCGCCUGCCCCGGGCCCCUUUCCCAGCACCCCUUCAGACUGCUCACAGAUGCCUUUUCCCAUGCUCCCCGCGGGCCGGCUAGGCAGAGGGUCCGACGCUGACCAGGGCCCCCGCCCCGGUGGGCUUCCACGUCCCCGCAGAGGAGGACUUGCCGGAGAAGGGAGUAGUGAUGCGCCGGGCGGAAUGAGGACACAAGGGCUGGGGCGCCCUUCGGAAGGGGGCAGGGGGCGCCCCUGGGGGCCAGAAACAGUCCGCUGAUUUGCCUCAGUGCUGGGGCCGUGCAGACGGGCGUUCCGGGGUCCCGUGCAGACAUGCCCACCCAGCAGGCCCCCUGAUGCUCCCCGUCCACCACCUGGGGGACGGUCUCGGGCCGUGGCUGCCCCCUGCCCCGUGCACUCAUUGGCAUGAGAGGGCAUCGCGCUUGUGUAGGAUGUAGCAGUCCCUAAUUAAUACGGAAGGCUCCGCUCCCCUGUUCUGUGCCCACGGGCAGCUGUAUAUUUGUAAUGUAAGACCAGGCAGGCCAAGGCGGAGGGGCGUCCCUGACUGUCCCACACCUGGUGGCGGGGACAAGUCCCAGAAGGCCCCACCAGGCCCCGGGGCGGUGCGAGAGCAGCUGUCGCCCUCGGAAGUCAGGUGGCGUGGAGAGGGGGGAGGCCUCGUCUGUCUCGACGGCUGCGGGUUGGACCUGACUGUUUACACGGGGGGGAUGUUCCCCGGAUUCUCAAGUCGAGAGAAAGGCGGACCCUCGUGCUGCUCCCGGCCCCCCGGAAAUGAACCAACCCACGGGAACGCACGUGUGGCCUGUUUGGUCCCGCGGAACAUGUCUGUCACCCCUCCGCCCGCAGCAGAACGCGGGGCGCCAGUGAUCCACAUGUAUCGAAGACGAAUCUGUUUGUAUGUAUCCUUAUCAAAUAUAUUCUAUGAUGAAAUAAAACGAGCAGAACGCGUCUCUUCCGACGCAUCAUCCCGGA